ACGUCUGAUUUUCUCUACCGUGUGUAUCGUUUUUCCUCUGAAUUUGAAUGCAGCAUUUUCUUGUAACCCGGGAAUUCAAAUGGACUUUUAGCUCGUGAGCCGCCAGUCGUGGUUUUCGGAUCAUGUACAGCGACAGCAGUGACUUGGAGGAGGAGUUUCCUGUGUGUGACUUCCUGCAGUCUGGGCGAUGUCACAGCCAGGUCACAUCAGACACGCCGGAUUUAACGGUCCUGCUGGAGGAGUCGGACCGGGAGGAGGCCCCACCUGCAGCAGGUACAGGAGCAGCAGAUGUGAUUGUGAUGAGCAGUGACUCUGAUGAUGAUGCACCGUACAUCCCUCUGGCACAGAGACUCAAACAGAAGCAGGGCAUUUUGAUUUCAGCGCCCUCUGCUGUCAGCAAAGAAACUGAUUUUAGCAGCUCUGAACCUUCCCUCCAGCAGGCAACAACAGGGAGUCACGGGUUUUUGGAGAAGUAUCAUUGCUUUGCAAAGGGCAGCAGCACCUCAGCGACCAGGAGGAGACCUGCCAAGAGUACAGCAGAGGAGGUGCAGACCUCUAGGGAGGAGGCUGAGAAGAAGAGGCAGGCCAGGGAGGUACUGAAGGAGGAGCAGGAGAAACAGAAAGUAGAGAGGAGAGCUCUGGCAGAGGCUGCUAAAGCCCUGAGGCCAGAGGAGAGCAUCAAACACAUGGUGGUGGUCGUGGAUCCAGCUCUCUUACAGCUGGAAGGCGGAGCCACUCUGUUGGCAUCAGUGCAGGCUCUGGGUUGUAGCUGUGCCAUCGAGAAACAGCCCCUCCCACGCAGUGUCAGCUGGAGGAGGAGGUCGCCAUGUGCACAGCCUGAUGGUGAUGAGUGUGUACCAGAGGCCCACGUUGUAAUCCAGAUGAUUGUGGACAACUUUAUCACUCUGAUCCACAACUACAGUCAGGAGCAGAGGCUUGGUCGUUCAGAUCGCGGCCCGACUCUGACGUCCUGGAUGCAGGAGCGACAGAGGAGCUGCCCUGAUAAAAUUCUCAGCCUGGUGGUUAUUGACCUGGAGAAAUACUUCAGAUCCCAGAAGUCACAAAGCCAGAAGAGGUUUCAGGAGGCUGUCACGGGGAAGGAGCAGGCACCCGCGAAACAAGCCGCUAAGAAGAGAAAGAAGACCGACGAAACUGAGGGCCUUCCGCAGGUGUCGCGAGUCGAAGUGGAGGAGGCUCUAGUGCAUCUCCAGCUCCACGCUGGCGUCCCAGUUCACUUCUUACCAACCUGGAACGACUUCUCUGAUCAUAUCACCAUGGCAACCAAAGCAGUAGCAGAGGCUCCCUUCAAGAGAGAGCGGGAGAAGACAGGCUUUUCUUUCUACCUGGAGAGUGAGUGGGCAGGCGGGCAGCGGGUGGAUAAAUCUGGGAAAGGAUUGCUGCAGGUGUGGAAGAGACAGAUCCAGCAGUUUCACAGAGUCAGUCCAGACAUGGCCUCUGCCAUCGUGGCAGCUUUCCCAUCUCCCCGGCGGCUCCAGCAGGCUUAUAGUCGCUGUAAGACCGAACAAGAGAAGAUGUCCCUGCUGUCGGACCUUCUGAUUCGCAGAGGAGAAGGUGUGACCUCCACAACUCGACGGGUUGGUCCGGAGCUUUCCAAGCGUCUCUUCCUCUUGAUGAACUGCCCGGAUCCUGAGCAGAUCCUGGACUCCACAGUUUGACCUCUGACCUCCUGUGGCCCUCAGCAGGCUGUGUACUCCACGGUUUGAUGUCACUCAUCCAGAUUUAAUAAUCAGUCCUCAUUUCGUGCAGCAUUCAGAAGUGGAGGCUGAAUGCAAGUGGAACAAUCUCACUUUUCCUGUUGUUAUAAUUAUUAUCCUGUUUAAUAAGACUCUUUUCCCAUAUUUAGUUUUGUGUGGUGCAUGAAGUUUCUUUGUUCAAACCGUUUAUUGACAAACGCUGC